CAUAGCAGCGGAACAUGUGGGAACAAAAAAGACCAAUUCCGGGCACUAAUAGAGUUCACCCCAAACUUUGAACUUGGGAUCGAUAGCCCACAAGACGAAGCUGCCACUGCAAAUUCGACAACAAAGGACACCACUGAUUUACCAUGUGAUAUGAAUGAAGUUUUCACGAAGACACCCACCGCUUCAGCAUCCGAGAAGCGACCUUCGUACUGGCAGAUGGGUGAAGAAGCCAGCAAUUAUUCGCCAGCAUCGAUGAACAAAUUGUUGCAGAAUUUCUUUGCGUUUAGCUACGACACGCAGCUAAUGGAUGACAUCAACCUUAAUGCGAAGACUAUUGAUUUUGAGCUCAGCACUUCACCAUUCAACAAGCGCAAGGCUCGCCUCGUACCGGUCGAGUGUGUACCAACAACCAUUGUUCCUGAGAGAAAUUAUCCAGAAGCUGUAUGCUCAGACUUCCACAAAAUGGUGUCAAGUAUACAGUCUGGAACCCCUGCAGGGAAGAGUCGGUGGGUUAUGCACCUCGUCCCUAGCUGCAUAGAGGUGAGUGCACAGCACUUGAGCAAGAUGUUCUCGGGAGAUGUGGACUUCGACCAUGACAUAGUUAACUUGAUGAUGAGAUGUUUCAAACAAGCCGAAGAUCUUUGUGAUCAAGCUGGCAUCACUCAUAGGCGGAAGCAUUUUAUGGAGUCCAAUUUCCUGAUGAGGCUCCUAGCUGGUGAAGAUCCUAACAGCUUCGUGCCAAUCCGUGACCAAUUCAUUGGAGACCAUGUGGGGUACGACGUACCAAAUUGCAAACUGAUAAUGCUCCCUGCAUAUGUUUACGCCAUUGACCUGAUUGAGAAGAAUCUCACUGUAUACGAACCUACUAUGUGAGGGAGGAUGAGGGCAAACACAGAGAUCUGCAUGUUGACAUAUGUGCCAAGCUUAAGCAAGCUAUGGCAGCAGCUGCAGCAAAGUUUUUUGUUUCAUGGAAUUUUGAUUGGGAAGGGCUUAAUGUCAGAUUCAUAUGCGAUGGUGCCAACUUGACUGACAGCAUAAGGUCGGGAAUACACACUCUAAACUUUAUCAAGUUCUUUGAUGGGAGCGAGCACCAUGUCCGGAUACGCAAGGAUGAUGAGAUGAAGCACGCGUCGUACCUGCUUUAUGACCUCAUGCAUCUGAGGGGUAACAACGCUCCUCGCCCACCCGGGUUUAUACAAGUGGUGGAGGACUAAAUCAACUCUUCUGCGAUGACGUCGGGAUUUUAUCGAUGUGUUGUUGCUGGAAACGAACACUUAUCUGCAUUCGUACAAGUGUUUGUGUAAAAACAUGCUAUUUUUUCAUACUUGUAGCAGCAAGACAUCCACUAAAUAAUUAGGCAGCAUGCCUGCUGUAGUGUUCGGAACUUUGUUUAAUUGGAGAUUUAUCGGCCGCAUCAACCGCAACCUGCAUUCGGUUAUCGCUAGCAAAUUAGUUUUGUAAGCAGUUGACGAUGGAUCAUUUUCUCUUAACUUUCCUCAUGGCGCUAUAAUCAAGAAGUUGGAUCGACAUCUCAUCAAAA